AUGUCGCCAUCUGUGUGUCUCGCACGGCUGUCGCGGAUGACUUUGACCCGGCCCAGUGUUCUCGUCAACAUCACCAGCGGGCGGAGGUCAAUUGGCUUCGUGAGCGCAAUUGACUCGCGUAUCUUUCGCACGCUCUUUGGUACCGAAGAAAUUCGCAAGGUCUUCGAUGACGAAGCAUAUAUCCGCCGGUGUGUAGAUGCAGAGGCAGCUCUGGCACGGGCGCAAUCCCAAUGCAAUGUCAUCCCAUCAGAGAUUGGAGCAAUGGUGACACAAAGAUUGCAAGAAUCAAAGCUGGACUUCGAGCGACUGCGGCACGAAACCGAGAUCGUCGGCUACCCCAUUCUGCCUCUUGUCCGUCAGCUCUCAGCGAUUUGCGGCGACGAUGCCGGCAAGUAUGUGCACUGGGGAGCCACCACACAGGACAUCAUGGAUCUGGCGAGCGUAUUACAAAUGAAGGAAGGAUUGGACAUUAUCGAGAGGCUGCUGAAGGAUGUGAUCAAGACUCUGCGAGAGCUCUCGGCGAAGUACAGAAACACCCCUAUGGCUGGACGUACGCAUUUACAACAUGCGCUGCCGGUUACCUUCGGAUACAAGUGCGCCGUCUGGCUAUCAAGCUUUCAACGCCACCUUGAGCGACUGGAACAACUCCGGGAUCGGGCACUGUUGGUGCAGUUUGGUGGUGCCGCAGGCUCUCUUGCAUCUCUGGGGUCCGGCGACGACGGACUGCGUGUUCGAAAGGCUCUAGCAAAGGAACUCGGUCUGAAUGAUCCUUCCAUUACAUGGCACGUUGCUCGUGACGGCGUAGCGGAGAUUACCAACUUCCUGGCCCUGAUGGGCGGUUCUAUGGGCAAGUUGGCACUAGACAUUAUCAUCAUGUCGUCCAACGAGUUUAGCGAAGUGGCGGAGCCCUUUAUGCCUCAUCGGGGAGCCUCGUCUACCAUGCCGCAAAAGCGCAAUCCCAUCUCGAGUGAGGUGAUCCUGGCUGCCUCCAAACUCCUCCGCUCAAACGCAGGCCUAGUCCUUGAUGGCAUGGUUGCUGAUUUCGAACGCGCCUCAGGCCCCUGGCACUUGGAGUGGGUUGCCAUUCCAGAGAGCUUUGUGAUUGCCGUUGGUGCGUUAUCUCAGACUCAAUUUGCACUAUCUGGACUCUCUGUCAACACCAAGCAAAUGCUGGAGAAUCUUCACUCUACCAAGGGAUUGAUUGUGGGAGAGGCUGUGAUGAUGGGCAUGGCUCCUCAUGUGGGCCGUCAGCGAGCUCACGAUAUUGUCUACGAAGCAUGCCGCGAGAGUAUCGAGAAUAAGCGUACGCUCCUCGAAUGUCUUCUGGAAAAGGAAGAAGUAACCUCCAAAAUGAGCCAAGGGCGCCUGGCUGAGCUGUGCGAUCCUGUCAACUACCUGGGCGCAUCAUCAAGGAUGGUGGAUAAUGUACUAGCCGUCGAUUGA